AUGGCUCGCGCCGAAGUUGAAUACUCUCGCGAGUCGGUCUUGCCCGUCUUCAGAAACCGUCUCACGGGCGAGACCGGGUCUCUCCAAAAACCGCAAAAGGCGCGACCCAGCAUUGAAAGCAGACGCACCACCUCUUACAACAUCUUCCCGUCUCAAAGUGUGAAUGACUCGCAAGAGUUCCCAUUCCCCGAUGUGUCCGACAACACGCGAUCUCCCGUCGAUCGCAGAAAGCGCGGCUCCAUGGCUUCCAGUUUCGCCAACGACACCCCGCUAGAACAGCCCUGGAUAUCCGAAUCUCACAACUUGAUGAAUGCGUCGGAGCAGAACGUCUCGUCUGACGCGCUCGACUAUCGGCCCCACAAGAGCAGAUCGGUGAAGCCAAAGGUCCACAUCAAGCCGAUCUUGCGGAAAAUGUCUCGUGACGAUGCGCCAUCAACCUCGAUUGAUCUAUCUCGAUCUUCUACCGAGCAAGAGGGACUGGGGAUCUACUUGAACUACGAACGGGAGCGCGGUGGGUCGGUGACGUACAAAAGGACACCGUCCGGUCUGCACAAUCGAUCCACGAGCGGAACCUCUCAAUUCUCAACCGGAUCCGGAUCUAGUGGAGGCAAGCCUGGAUCGCAGUAUGUGCAUCCUAUGCGCCAAACUCCCCGAGCCUACACCCCGCCAUUGGGUCAGUCCUACCAAGAGUCAUCAAAUGACAGCGACGAUCUCGAUGAAACACCCGAGGAAGAGCCCAUAGGCGCGCAAGAGUCGUACAACUCAAACCAUGCGCGCCCUCGACUAUCACUCCAAAUCCAAGAUGAUUCGCUCACGCGCCUCCCUUCGAUUUCACAGACCAACGUGACCAGUCGCCCGUCCUUUGGGUAUUCCCGAGAUCUGGAUUCGACCACCUCUCCAAUGUCCCGCACUUCUCUCGACUUUGUCUUCCGAUCCCGAACUCGAACUAGCACCGACCCGAUCUCUCGGGCGGCGACUGUGCAAGCAGCGCGUCAGGCAUUCGAGGAUAAAGAGGCCGAAAAGAACCGACGUCUCGAGAAGCAACAGAUCAAGGCUGAAGAGCGCGGUAGUCGACGCCGCUUGAAGCGACGCACUUCAGAGGGCCCUGAGUCACCCGUCGUGCAGUCGAGCGAAGAUAUCUCCGAGAAGCCCCGAAGAUCCACCGUCCAUGCCGGCGAGGAACCUCAUGCCUCCUGGAAGUCUCAAUCCAAAAGCACCUGGGUGCUCUUCAUGACAUGGCUUCGGACUCGGAUCUUCAAAUUGAAGCGAAAGAUCCGGAAACAUUGA